CUGUGGACUACCGCUAUGUCUUUUCUCAGGGCUGCUUUAAACGACACUCUCAUCAUUCAUCCUCCAGGCUUCUAUAUCAUCGGAUUUGAGACAUUUCCCUACAUCAGCGUCUAUUUUGUCUUUCUAACAUUUGUCUAUGUGGUUACAGUGCUGUUCAAUAGUUUGCUGAUCUAUGUAAUUGCCUUUAAUCAUUGUUUACACACUCCAAAAUUUCUUGCUGUGGUCAAUCUUGCAGUAAUCGAUAUCAUCCUGAACACAUGCACUAUUCCCAGCAUGAUAAAGGUAUUUCUCUUUAAGGAUAACUUUGUUCCAUUUAACCUAUGUCUUUUACAAAUGUUUAUCUACUAUUGUUUUGCAUCACUGGAGUCAUAUUCACUGGCUAUUCUUGCUUAUGACAGGUUGAUUGCAAUAUGUUUCCCUCUGCGUCAGAACUCAAUCAACACACUGCAGAGCAUGUCUUGUAUUGUAGGCCUGACUUGGGUUUACAAUGUGGGAAGAGUUGCUUAUAGCACAGCAAUCAUGACUCGACUGUCUUUUUGCAAAUCUGUCAGAGUGUUCAGUUACUUCUGUGACUACGCGCCCGUGUUUAGACUCGCCUGUAACGAUUACACACUGCAGUGGUCUGUGGCUUCAACUUCUAGUAUGGUGAAUCUGAUGGGCCCCUUUACUUUCAUUCUUCUGUCCUAUGCCUGCAUCCUGGUGACUGUGUUCAGGAUGAAAUCAGUCAGCAGUAGGAUGAAAGCUCUUGCCACUUGCAUUGAACAUCUAGUCCUCGUUGCUGUAUUUUACAUUCCCAUAUUCAGCAUUUUCUUAGUCGGGCUUUAUGUGCGAUCCAUUGACCCAGACCAGCGUGUGCUGAGCCUGUCGCUGGCCUCGUGCCUUCCGCCCUGCAUCAAUCCUAUUGUAUAUUCUUUGAAAACUAAAGAGCUUAAAACCAGAGCCCUGACGCUGGUCCGUAGAAUGAAAACAAGACCUUGACAAAAUUCUUUUUCAUCAAAGAGUAUUCUGUAUAAGGUUUUAUGCCUCUCAGGAAACAACAAAGGCUGUGAGCGUGUGAUGAAACAAAAGGGGAUUAUUUUACUGAAGGUUUUGUCUGCUGUAUCAA